UAUAUAUAUAUGUAUAUUAUUAAUAAUAAUAAUAAUUCCAUAAAUUAGACAUAAUUAAAUUUAUUUAUUGUCAUGGAUGAUCGAGAAGAACAGCUACUUGCUAUGGUGAAUAAGGGCAAGCGGAGCAAGAGGCCGAGGCCGGAAUCGCCGCCGGCGGUGUCGAGUUCGUCGACGGCGGCUGAUCAAGGUGGGGGUCGAAACGACGUCGUUUUGAGCUCAAUUGAUCAGUUUUACGGAGAGGAUGAAGAUAUGGCUAAUUGCUUGAUUCUUUUAGCGAAAGGGGCGCAAGGAGAGAAAUCUCCGGCGGCGGCGGUGGCGGAGGUGGCGGCGGCGGGCGGCGGCGGAGCUUAUCAGUGCAAGACGUGUAACAAAAGCUUCCCGUCGUUUCAGGCGCUCGGCGGCCACCGCGCCAGCCAUACGAAGCCGGUGAAGGAGGAGAAGAAGACGGUAACGGUAACGGAAAAGCACAAACGGCUACUUCAGAGUUAUGGUGAAAGUACAAUUCUGUCCCUCCAAAUCCCCGCCGUCAAUUUACCGGGCAAGGCGGCGGGCAGGGUUCACGAAUGUUCUAUAUGCGGCGCGGAAUUCGCCUCCGGGCAGGCGUUAGGCGGCCACAUGCGGCGGCACAGGCCGAUUCCGGCGGCGGACGCGAAGCGUCCGAGGAAUCUUCCGCCGUUAGAUCUGAAUCUUCCGGCGCCGCCGGAAGAUCACGGCGAGAAAACGGAAUCUGCAUUUCCGUUCGCCGCAAAACAGCAAGUCAUCGUCUUCUCCGCCGCGUCUCCGAUGGUGGACUGCCACUAUUAAUUAAUUAGAUUCGUGCCCAGAUUCUUUUGUAAUUAAUACGAUGAAACGACGUCGUCUCGUCGUCCAAUUAAUUAAUUAUUUAUUUAAAUUUGUGUAGCUACUGCUACUAUUAUACGAUGGAUUGAUUUAUGAGCGUUGGAUUCUUUUCAUUGUGGGUGUGCUUAAUCAGUUAUAAUUAGUUGCCUA